GUUUGUGAGGUUCCGCACCGCAGUGCUUAAAAUCCUGGUGAGGUCUGGAUUCUUGGUUUAGGUGUCUUUACCAAUGCGGUCUGCGGCUGCUCCUAGCAGAACUCACACGUGGACGGGACUGGACUGAACCCUGGCUGGGAGCGGUGCUCUGCAGUCUCCUAGGUAGCCAGAUACUGGUUUUGUGUUUGAAGCUCCUGGAAUUUUUGUACUUACUGUGAUGUAACAUGGCUCAAAUCAUACUGCAUUUAGUACAAAGAUGCUUAGCCAAAGCCUGAGAAUGACUGGAGUCCUUUAGUAAAACAGAUUUGAACUAUACUGGGAGUUCCAUUCUGGAAAAUGCAGCUUCUGGACAAGCUGAUAGCUAUUUCAAAACCUCAAGAGCUGUUUUCGCAUGAACAAAGUGAGGUCCUGAGAGCAAAUAUCUGUGGCUUGCAGGAAGCCAUCCCUAUUACAGAGACAUAUGACUCUGAAGCAUCUCGUCAGAAGUUCAGACAUUUCCAAUAUGCGAACGUCUCUGGGCCCCAUGAGGCCCUAAGCCAACUCUGGGAGCUCUGUCUUCAGUGGUUAAAACCAGAGAUUCAUACGAAGGAGCAGAUCUUAGAACUAUUAGUGCUGGAACAGUUCCUGGCAAUCCUCCCUGAAGAAGUCAAGACUUGGGUGAAUUUACAACAUCCAAAGAGCAGCAAAGAUGUGGUGACUCUCAUAGAAGAUGUGAUCAAAAUGCUCAAUGAUGAAGGUACACCUGUCAAGGACUCUGUCCUCCAGAAAACAGACACCAACUCACUAACAGACAAAUCCCAGGACCCAGUGACAUUCAACGAUGUGGUUGUGGAAUUCAGCAAGGAAGAAUGGGGGCACCUGGACCCUGCUGUAAAGAGCCUGUACAGGGAUGUGAUGCUGGAGAACUAUAGGAACCUGAAUUCAUUGCAUAAAGCACACCAAUUUCUCAAACCAGCUGAGAUCCCCAAGUUGGAGGGCAAGAAGAAAAGAUGGAUAAUGGAGGGAGAAAUCCCAAGAAGUACUGUUUUUGACAUGGGGAUUAUUUCAGAAAACCAAGAUUCAGUUCCAAAGCAGAGUGUUUCAGGGGAAGAAUCAUCCCGUGGGGGGAUGAUGGGAAGGUUUACCGGAAGUGGACACCUUUCUUUAGAUAUCUGGAAAGGUGAGUAUUGGUCAUAUAGGAACCAGAAAAACCAGGACAUAAAUUUGCCACAAGAAACUUGUAUUCACAAAACAAUCAACUGUGAGGAAGAACAAGACUUUGAAUACAGUGAAGAUAAAAGCUUUGAUAUUGAUAUUAAAUCAGUUAACUUAAUUCACGAUAUACUGCAAGUAAUUCCACUGAGAAACGGAUCUCCAAAAUGUGAUCAAUUUAAAUCUACCUUUAAACUUAAAAAUUUAGACUUAGUAGGAAAGCAACCUGUACAAUAUACUGACUGUGAAAGUGCCUUGAGCCUGAGUACAGAUAAUACUCGACAUCAAAAAAGUCAUACCACAGCGAAUUCCUAUGACUGUGAUCAAUGUGGAAAAGCCUUCAGCCGAAGUUCAUCCCUUAUUCGACAUCAGAUCAUUCACACAGGGGAGAAACCUUAUAAAUGUAAUGAAUGUGGGAGAUUCUUCAACCGACGUACAAACCUUACUAAGCAUCAAAAACUUCAUUCUGAUACAAAGACCUAUGAAGGCAAUAAACUUAAAGUCUUCACUAGGAGUGAAGACAAUGAUAAAAGUGUACAACUCCAUGCUGAAAGUAAUCCUUAUGAGUGUGUUGACUGUGGAAAAUCCUUCAACCGGAGCUCCUCCCUUAUUCGACAUCAAAUGAUUCACACAGGAGAGAAACCAUUCAAGUGUAAGGAAUGUAAGAAAACCUUCAACAGGAGUUCAAACCUUAUUAAACACCAAAAACUUCAUGCUCGAGAUAAGUCCUGAAAUAGAAAGAAAUAUGGGAUUACCCUCAGUUGGAGUGCAGAAUUCACUCAACAUCCACGAAUUUAUGCUGGAGUGAAUCCCAUGAAUAUAAUGAAUGUAAGAAGACAUUUGUCAAAAAUUUUCUCUAAAUUGUAUAACAGAAUUAAUAUUGGUUAGAAAUCUGUUGUUGGGUAGAAAUCUGUUCAGAGAGCUUUCCUGGCUCCUAAAAAAAGCUACAAGGAUUUAGAGUUAAACAUAAUAUUACCAGGGGCAGCAGGUGGCAAGGUGGUUGAGGUGCUAGAGCCUGACAUGACUGACCAUGAUUUGAGUCCUGGA